AAAUUAUUUUGGCAUCGGGUCGAUUUUGACGGGUCUCUCCGGCGCAGCUCGCCAAGACAGACCGUUGGGGGAUCACUGCGACUGCUCUUAUCGUGAACCACUGCGCUCUUUGCGACGUUAGCGCCGCACCGCAGCCGAAAUCCCCAAAACCGCCGGGACGCGUGACACGCCAUCCGCAGCUGCGUGGGACGCACAAAAACCAUAAACCAUGGGCAUCCUCUUCUCGCGCGUCUUCCAGUCGCUCUUCGGCAGCAAGGAGGUGCGGAUACUCAUCCUCGGCUUAGAUAACGCGGGCAAGACGACGAUCUUGUACAAGCUCCAGAACGAGGCCGAGGACGAGGAGGUGAUGACGAUUCCGACCAUUGGGUUCAAUGUCGAAACAUUACAAUACAAAAACAUCAAAUUCCAAGUCUGGGAUUUAGGAGGGCAGACGUCGAUCCGACCGUACUGGCGGUGCUACUAUCCGAACACGGACGCGAUCAUCUUUGUCGUGGAUAGUGCCGAUCGGGAACGGUUGGCAGUGGCGAGACAAGAGCUCCAAGCGAUGCUCGACGAAGAGGAGCUCAAAGACGCGAUCUUACUAGUCUUGGCGAACAAGCAGGACCAGAAGGGCGCGUUGGGUGCGAAGGAGAUCUCGGAGGCUUUGGGCCUGCCGGACGUGCGGAACCGCCAGUGGUCCAUCCAGGAGACGUGCGCGACGAAGGGCAAGGGCCUCUCCGAGGGCUUCGACUGGCUCGUGGCCUGCAUCAAGGGCGAAUAGAUACUCCGAGUAAUAC